AGCCUUUUUUAUGGGUUAGUGUACUGUCCAUGUCCUCUGAACUUUCGACUGCCGACUUCGUUUCUGCAUGCCCACACCAUCUGACUGAGUGCUUCUCCUGCCUGCCUGUGUGGAACAAAAGAUUAGCAGCCAGGAAAUGCCCCAGCCAAUCAGCUGCAGCCUUACAUCCUGCCAGUGAGAGCAGGCCACUCACAGCCUGGCUUCUAUCCUAGCAGCCGAUCGGCCAGCCUGGAGAGCCGUGGCUGUGCUCUGAGCAGGGUGAGGACUUAGAGGGCUGUUUGUCCUCCAUGUUUUAACAAGCAUUGACAUAUAACACACUGAGUUUGUUAGCCAUGCAUCCACAGAGUGUGGCUGAGGAGGAGGUGAAGACUGAGUCGGAUGCAGUAGAGGGGAUGGAGAUCUCUACACGAUCUAAAGUUUCAGACCCUGGGUCAGUGGAGAGGGCAGCCCAGAAACGAAAAGUGCCUAGCCCCCCUCACUCAUCCAACGGUCACUCACCUGCUGAGACCUCCUCCAGCCCGGUCAAAAAGAAGAAGAAACCAGGAGCAGUCAGUAGCAGUAAAGACCAGUCAGAACUAAGACAUGGUCCCUUUUACUAUGUGAAGCAGCCAGCACUCACCACAGACCCUGUUGAUGUUGUACCGCAGGACGGCAGGAAUGACUUUUACUGCUGGCUGUGCCACCGCGAGGGCCAGGUGCUCUGCUGUGAGCUCUGCCCGAGGGUGUACCACGCCAAGUGCCUCAAACUGCCCGCAGAGCCCGAGGGUGACUGGUUCUGCCCUGAGUGUGAGAAAAUAACAGUUGCUGAGUGCAUAGAGACUCAGAGUAAAGCAAUGACGAUGCUAACGCUAGACCAGUUGUCUUACUUGCUAAAGUUUGCACUCCAGAAGAUGAAACAGCCAGGUGACCAACCACGCUCGUCAUCUCACUCCCCCCAUGCAGCCGCCACGCAGAGAAAGGCUUUUAAUUGGACGGAACCCUUCCAGAAACCAGUAUCUCUUGAACAGCAUCCGGACUACACAGAGUAUAUUUUUCAUGCCAUGGACCUCUGUACAUUAGAGAAGAAUACAAAAAAGAAAAUGUAUGGCUGUACCGAAGCUUUCUUGGCAGAUGUGAAAUGGAUUUUACACAACUGCAUAAUUUAUAAUGGAGGCAAUCAUAAGCUCACUGCCACAGCUAAAGUCAUAGUGAAAAUCUGUGAACAUGAGAUGAAUGAGAUUGAGGUCUGUCCGGAAUGCUAUCUGUCAGCUUGCCAAAAGAGAGACAACUGGUUCUGUGAGCCAUGUAGUGAUCCUCACCCUCUGGUGUGGGCCAAGCUGAAGGGGUUUCCAUUCUGGCCUGCCAAAGCAUUGCGGGACAAAGACGGGCAGGUGGAUGCUCGCUUCUUCGGGCAACACGACAGGGCGUGGGUCCCCUUAAACAACUGCUACCUCAUGUCCAGGGAGAUUCCCUUCUCUGUGAAGAAGACUAAGAGCAUAUUCAACAGCGCCAUGCAGGAGAUGGAGGUCUACGUGGAGAACAUGAGGAGGAAGUUUGGAGUGUUCACGUACGCCCCCUUCAGGACGCCAUAUACCCCUGACAACCAGUACCAGAUGCUGCUGGACCCCGCCAACCCCUCGUCCGGCUCGGUCCGGCCGGAGAAGCAGGAAAAGAUAAAGUUCAACUUCGACAUGACUGCAUCUCCCAAGAUGCCCUUAGCCAGGAGCAUGCUGUCAGGAGGGGGCGGAGGCAUGGGCGGGGUUGGAGGGAGUACAGGCCCGAGGAUCUCCCUGACAGAUAUGCCCCGCUCGCCCAUGAGCACUAACUCGUCUGGUCACACAGGUUCUGAUGGAGAGCAGGACACACCAGACAAGGGCCAGGCUAGAGCCCCAGCUAGCCACUACAGUGCUGGGGAGGAGUCCAUGGACUGCACAGAAUCACCUGCUUCCACUCGACCUGAUCCUGCCUCUGGUGCCAAGGACAGCCCUAAACCGUUCCACUCCCAGGGCCCUGCCCUGACUCUCGUUCCCAAGCAGGAGAAAGCAACACCCACAGGGAGCAUCCUCAAUCUCAACCUGGACCGAAGCAAAGCCGAGAUGGACCUAAAGGAGUUGAGUGAGACUGUACAACAGCAGCAACAGCAGGGGGCGCCACCAGUCCUCACCUUGCCCAAAAGACAGAUCAGGAGCCGCUUCCAGCUCAACCUGGACAAAACCAUCAAGAGCUGCAAGGCCCAGCUGGGUAUAGAUGAGAUCUCUGAGGACGUGUAUAAGGGAGUGGAACACAGCAACUCCGAGGACUCUGAUAAAUCAGAUUCGAGUGACAGUGAGUACGCCAGCGACGAGGAACAGAAACCUAAAGUGGGCCAGCACACUGAGCCCAAUGACAAGGGCGAGAAGGACCCUUCCAAGAGGGGGUCCAAAGACCCCCUGCCCCCCAGCCAAAACAAGGAGGGCAAAACGGAGGGUCCAGGGCCAGCGACUGCCACGGCAACCAUGGGAGAUGCAGGGGUACAAUCUACCCUCUCUGAAUCCUCGUCGAAAGAGAAGCAGGGUGUAGAUUCAGACAAAGAGCCCCCAGAGAAAGCCAAAGCAGCCCCAUUGUCCCCGGCCCCCAGAGAGAAACCCCAGGUGAAGCAGGAGGCCAGGCAGCCCUCUCUGGUGGACGACUCAGACUCUGAGAGGGAGCUGGUGAUUGACCUGGGGGAGGACCAGGGGGGCAGAGACCGGAAGAGGACUAGGAAAGAAGCACACUCCACCAAAGAUCCACCAACCAAUAAGACAGAGGGGAAAGCCCCCACACCGUCAAGUACCCUUACUCCAUCUCAAAACAACACAACCCCUUCCUUAACCCCCAGUAUGAAAGAUUCAUCACAGUCUCCACUAGCCAUCCCUCCAAAUAUGGUGCCCUUCACUACUACUGCUCCCACCACCAUUGGCCCCACCACCCUGCCCAGUGCCACAUCAUCAACAGCCCCCAUCACAGCCUCCUCCGCCACCACAGCAGUGAAGAAACAGCGCCCUCUGCUGCCCAGGGAGACUGUCCCGGUGGUGCAGCGGGCGGUGGUGUGGAACCCCACCAACAAGUUCCAGACGUCCUCCCAGAAGUGGCACAUGCAGAAGGUGCAGCGGCAGCAGCAGAAUCCGCAGCCAGAUACGCCUCAGCUGCAGGCAGCAUCACCUGGCCAGCCAAAGACACAAACAUUGCCCCAAACGCCGGCAUCUGCAACAUCUUCAUCAUCAUUAUCGCCACAGCAACCUUCCCAAAGCACGCGGUACCAGACCAGGCAAUCUGUCAAAGCUGUCCAGCAGAAAGACCCCCCACUCAGUACGUCCACGUCGGCUCUUACCCUGGUGACCAGUACCCCAGCCUCUGUGGCCAUGAUGGCAGCCCCCGGAGUAGGCAGUGGCCCCUCUACCUCCAUGGCAGGGGACUUCCAGAUCCCCACCGCAUCAGCAGACGUAGCAGCUGACAUCGCCAAGUACACUAAUAAAAUAGUGGAUGCAAUCAAAGGGACGAUGACUGAGCUGUACACCGACCUUUCCAAAACCACUUCAGGGAACACAAUAGCCGAGAUUAGACGAUUGAGAAUUGAAAUAGAAAAACUGCAGUGGCUUCAUCAACAGGAGCUUUCAGAAAUGAAGCACAAUCUAGAGUUAACCAUGGCAGAGAUGAGGCAGAGUCUGGAGCAGGAGAGGGAGCGUCUGAUGGCAGAGGUGAAGAAGCAGACGGAAGUGGAGAAACAGCAGGCAGUGGAUGAGACCAAAAAGAAACAGUGGUGUGCCAACUGCAGGAAGGAGGCCAUCUUCUACUGCUGCUGGAACACCAGCUACUGUGACUACCCCUGCCAGCAAGCCCACUGGCCAGAACACAUGAAGUCCUGCACACAAUCAGCGACAGCCUCACAGCAGGAGCCUGAGUCAGGGUCCACGGCAGACGGCCCAAUCAAAGCCUCAGGACAGUCCAACAGUGGUCAAACUUCUCCCAAAGUAACGACAGCAUCUGCCCCCACAGACAAAGACUCUAACAUGGAGAAAAGCAAGGACAAUGUCACUGUCAGUCUGUCCUAACACUGAGCCCCUGCCCUGACAUUGAGUUAUCACACUUGAACCUGUAACAUAAAAUACUGACUCCUUCUUAGCUACUGUACAUGGACAGGUUUCACUAGAAUUAGUAUUUUCAUCUGCUGCUCUGGAGGUAUCUAAUACUUUAUUUUAUUUUAUAUCUCAAGUCCAGAUGUACUUUAUGUCCAAAGUACUAUGGGACAAGUAACCACUAGAGGGCGCCACCUGUUCUCUUAAUCACCCUCACGUUACAUUACACACAUUUUGCAAGCUCAUAGAGAAGCAGCUUUUCAUGGCCAAAUUUGAAGGUUAGGUGUGUGAGGCAGAUGUACAGAAAGUGUAUCUAUUGUUAUAUGUAAUAUUAAUAACAAAUGUAUUGGGAGUGCAUAAUAAGUUUUGGUACUGUGUGAAAGAGAAUUGGACAGUUUGGUCAAUGAUCACCUAAAUGACCAAACUUAAUGUGAACGGACCAGAAUGGAACAUGUCUUCAGAUCACUGUUGAUGACAAAUGAUUUUCACCCCCCAUUUUGUAUGUUAAUUUAUUAAUUAUUUAUACUGUAAUGUUGCCUACAGUUUUAUUGAGGAGAUAAUGUUCAAUGGACUGCCUGUUGAAUGAAGAUAUGGUACAGAGAGAAGUUAUAUGAAGCUUUUCCUUUUCAGAAUGUUUUUUUCUUGGGACUAAUGUUCAUCAUAAUGCAACCACCAUUUGUCCUGUAUUCAUAUUUCUGUGUUCAUACUCUUUCAUAUUGUAUUGUUGUCACUGAGAAAUAAACCAAAUGUAUGGCAAACACAGGCCCUGAGAGGGAACAGAAUACACCACUAGUUUUUGAAAGCUCUUGCAUUUUCAAUGUGUCUCCCACAUGACGGGGAGGCAGUAUGAAAAAUGUAUGCACUCACUAACUGUAAGUCGCUCUGGAUAAGAGCGUCUGCUAAAUGACGUAAAUGUAAUGAUACAAAAACAUAAAUGUAUCUGGUUGAAAAUUAUCGGCUACGGUGAACUGAACACGUCUUUGUGUGUCAGGUUUGAGCACUCUACUACAAUUUAUUCACUCAUCUGCAGGAAAUCCCAUUUGAUUUUCACAAAAUAUUCUCCUAUAGCAUACUGUAAUGGAAUCAUUCAUCCCUGUCCCUGAAUAGAGAAGAGACUAAAGGAACUCUGUUGUAUUUCAUGUUUGUUUACAUUCUGUAAAUAAAUAAAGUAUGUUGAUUCUGAAA